AGGAGGGCGCUCCCGAUACAAGUGGACUUCAGAAAGGGCUUUGUGUUUCCCCUCACAGCCCGGUAACAACGUGAGAAGGUAGAGGGGUAACAAUCCAGUCGCGACCGGACGCGUGCUCACUUCUUCCUGUAUGUUUUUUUGCGCACCUGGCUGCUCAAGCGCGCGCGCUGCACGCCGAGCGGAACAUCCUCUCAGCUGGAGCCGUCUUGACUUCCACGCUGCUGCUGCUGCUGCUUGUCCCCUGUAACCUGAACCCACAAGGCUCCGGAGGGGAUGUGGAGAGGGAGGCUCUGUGACCUCCGCUGCAUCCCGGCUGGUCCUCCUGAGUCCUGAGAGCCCGCCUGGAAGGGUAGCCGCCGUGUCCCGAUGAGGAUGCCGAACAGAUACUGUAUCUGUGUGUGUGCAUAAAGAAGUAUCCAGGUGCUAAACACCACCUCUGGCAGUCAUGAGGAAUAGAGGGCUGAAGACGCAGUCCUGAAGAUUGAUGGAGGGCCAUGCUAUUCAAACAGCAGGCAUUGCUGAGACAGAAGCUCUUCGUUCUGGGCAGCCUCGCUAUCGGAAGUGUUCUUUAUCUCGUGGCCAGGGUUGGGACCUUGGAUAGGCUACAGCCUAUUUGCCCCAUUGAAAGCAGACUGACCCCCCCUGAGCCAGAGCAAAUCCCUCUCCGCACCCUGCAGUUUAAGCGUGGCCUGCUCCAUGAAUUACGUAAGGGCAAUGCCACCAAAGAGCAAAUCCGCCUGCACAACCUGGUCCAGCAGCUGCCUCGGGCCAUCAUCAUCGGGGUGCGCAAGGGGGGCACCCGUGCCCUGCUGGAGAUGCUCAACCUGCAUCCGGCAGUGGUUAAGGCUUCGCAGGAGAUCCACUUCUUUGACAAUGACCAAAACUACGCCCGCGGCAUCGACUGGUACAGAGGGAAAAUGCCCUUCUCUUUCCCUCAUCAGAUCACCAUUGAGAAGAGUCCUGCUUACUUCAUCACAGAGGAAGUCCCUGAACGCAUCUUCAAGAUGAACUCCUCCAUCAAGCUGCUGAUCAUCGUCCGUGAGCCCACGACCAGAGCUGUAUCUGACUACACGCAAGUUCUGGAGGGCAAGGAGCGCAAAAACAAGACCUACCACAAGUUUGAGAAGCUGGCCAUCGACGCUAGUACCUGUGAGGUGAACACAAAGUACAAAGCUGUCCGGACCAGCAUCUACACCAAACAUCUGGAGCGCUGGCUGAAGUACUUUCCCGUGGAGCAGUUCCACAUCGUGGACGGGGACCGCCUGAUCACUGACCCACUGCCGGAGCUGCAGCUCGUGGAGCGCUUCCUCAACCUACCCUCAAGGAUCAGCCAAUAUAACCUGUACUUCAAUGCCACCAGGGGAUUUUACUGUCUGCGAUUUAACAUUGUCUUCAACAAGUGCCUGGCAGGCAGCAAGGGUCGCAUCCAUCCAGAGGUGGACCCGUCGGUGGUGACUAAACUGCAGAAGUUCUUUCACCCCUUCAAUCAGAAGUUUUACCAGAUCACUGGUAGAACAUUCAGCUGGCCAUGAUGAGCAUUGAAAACUCCUCCACUCCUUGGAUCGGUGUUUUUUUUUUUGUUUUGUUUUUUUAAACGCCACUCAACGAGAUCUCAAAAGAUAUUUAUAGCACUUUUACUGAAUUUAAUACAAGAACGACAGUGUGACCAAAUAUAAAAAGGAACUUGAUGUAAGUUUGUUUUUAUCUGUGUGGAAAUUAAACAAAGUAGUUUGGUUUGACUAAAAGAUUCAGUUCUAAGCACUUGAUCUUACAAAUUAAUUCACCUGUCUCUCAAUGUUCCCCAUGAAGGAAGAAAAAAAAAACCCAGUACUGAACUGUGAUUAAGUAAAGAGAUUAUUUUUGUUGCUUUUUAAAAGACUAUCAAACACUGACAUCCAUGCUGUUAAGAUAAGCUUUAAGUGUGAUGCUUUUCAUAAAAAAAAAACCCUUAAAAGAUGAAAAAAUCACAUCUCAUCAACCUCAGAGUUGUUCAUUUGUUCCCCAUCAUGUUGUUCAU